AUGGCUUCAAGUGGAGUAAGUGACGGCAUCGUGGAUAAAAUUUUCACAGCCGCACAAACAAAUGCAAAGAUUAACAAAAUACAAAUUAAUUCUAAAAACGGCAAUGGCUACACAGCAUUAAUGCUGGCAGUGGAACGUGACAACCUCCAAGUUCUGAGAGCUCUACUUGAAGCUGGAGCUUAUCUGGAGAUCAGCAGAUCUUCUGGUGGCAGCUACACAGCUUUGUCUCUUGCUGUUGACAAGGGGCACACAACUGCUGUACGAGAACUGCUUCAACAUGGCGCUUUCCUUUCUUGUGAGAAGGGCAUUGAGGCUUUAGAUAUGGCCAGAGAAAAUGGUUUUUUGGAUGCUGUUGUGUCUGGAGAAAAGAAGCGUCUAGCUCAAAAUCAAUGGGACUCAGGGAUUGAAAAAGAUGGAGUUUUCGUAGCGUUUCAACAUGGACGUAGUGAUUUAGUAAAAGAUUUAGUUGAUUUGGGAAGCUACAUUUUUUUAACGCAUAGAUUUACCUAUAAGCCUGAACUUUUACAAAUGUUAUUGAAUAAAGUAAUAGACGUAAACUUUGUAUUUAAGGAAAGUGAGACAUUUUUUAAAAAGUCCUUACAAAAAACAACAAAUGAAUGUGUAGAUAUUUAUAAUACAACAAAUUCUCAUACCGAAUCUAGCUACAGAAACAACUGGACUCUAUUACACUUUGCAGUGGAAACACAAAACAUUGAACAAGUUGCUUUUUUAAUUAAAGCUGGUGCUAAUGUUAACGCUGAAACCUCUGAAGGUGAAACGCCUUUGAAUGUGGCAGCAAGGAAUAGAAAUAUUUCUGCCAUUAGGAAACUAUUAAAUGCCGGUGCCACAGUUAACACUAAAGAUCAAUUUGGAGUGACCCCACUUGCUAAAAUUUUAGACUAUGAAAUAUUUGAAAUGUGUAUUGAAAAAGAAGUUGAAUCCAGGUCAAUCUAUUUAUCAAGUAAAACUGCUGCAGAAUAUGUGAGAAAUAUAAAAGGUAUAGUUAUGAAAGGUGCCGACGUUAAUGUACGCAUUGGAAAAAACCAAGUUCCUGUUUUAUCGAUGGUGGUAGUUCUAAUGAACACAGACCUAGUCCGGUAUUUAAUUGAACGUGUAGCGGAUGUAUCAACAGCCGACAUAAAUGGCAACACGGCGCUUCAUUAUGCUAUCUUCAUGAUAAGUCAAUAUGAAAAAUCCUAUAAAACAGAAUUAGAGUCAACAUCUGAAAUUUCUUGUUUUAAACCUGCUGAUGUACUAAAGAUUCUACUUAGUAGCUUUCUGGAUUUAAAUAUAAGAAAUAAAAAGUCUGAAACCCCAUUACUGUUUGCCAUUAAGUACAACCACAAUUCCGCCGCAGCAAAGAUCUUACUUAAGUACACGAAAAAUGUCAAUUUAUCUGAUAUCGACCAAACUACUCCUCUAAUGUUCGCAGUGCAGAGGUCAUUUACCGAUAUUAUUAUUCAACUUUUAAAACAGGGAGCUGAUGUUAAUCAUCGUGAUAAAUAUGAUAACACUGCUGUACAUUACAGCGCCAAGACUGGGAAUUUCGAACACUUUAAGAUGAUGGCUUUAGCCGGAGCAGACAUUGCUUUACCUAAUAAAAAUAAUGAAACGCCUUUAAUACUGGCUUCAAGAUGGCUGAGUCAGCACUUUCGUAACUUUCACUGCAACGACACAACGGAUAUUGUAAAAUAUCUUAUCUCCUCAAACGUUAACGUCAAUUCUAAAGAUAAAGAUGGGAAAACAGCUCUUCAUUUUGCUGCCUACACAGCAGAGUCACGAGUCGGCAUACUAGUAUAUCCAUACGACAAUUAUGAUACUAUGAGUGAGGAUGAAAGGUUGAAGGAGUUACAAAAAAGUUCAGAAAUUAUUAAUCUUCUAUUAAAGCAUAAAGCGGAUGUAAAUGCUCCGGAUAGCACUAAAAAAACGCCUUUACAUUAUUGCGUUUUGUCUGGAAAAUUAGAACACGUGAGAUUGUUAGUUAAAGCCGGUGGAAACGUUGAUUUUCUUGAUGAAAAUCAGCAAACGCCAUUAAUAUUGGCUGCAAAACUGCAGCUUGACUACUUCAACGAGAAAAACUCUAUUGGUAGCAACCCUGAUGCUGAUGCCGAUGACUGUAUUGUGUGGGACUUAAAAGGAAACCAAUAUUUUAAAGCAACAGAAAUCGUUAAUUAUCUCAUCACUUCCUCGGCAGAUGUAAAUAUUGCAGAUAAGGAUGGUAACACCGCACUGCACUUUGCUUCCCAAUGCAACAUUGAGACCGUAACUUCUUUGUUGAAUAAUUCGGCUAAUAUUGGACAUUUAAAUGGUAAUGGGCAAUCUGUUCUACACUGUGCUGCUGAAACCAGUGCUACAAAAAACUAUUGUAAUAUUAUGGAUGUUUUACUUAAAAGAUUAUUUCCUGGACAAAGUGAGAUGAGUGAAGAAAAUGAUAGUUUGGAUCCACCUCCCGUUAAAAGACAGAAAAUGAACAAAGACUUAUGUAACAUUAUUGACAAACAAAAUAAUACAGGUAAUACUGCAUUGAUAGUUGCGUUACAAAAUGAAAACGAGGAAAUUGCACUAAAGCUGUUAGACUACAGAGCUGAUAUCAAUAUAUGUACUGAAAAUGGCUUCAAUGCACUACACUUUGCUGUAGAAAACGGCUGCCUGGAGGCUGUAAAACGUAUCAUAAAAAUGGGAUGUGAUGUCAACCAGCAGACGAAAGACGGUAAUACACCGCUAACAUUAGCCAGUGAUGUUGAUGUAGUAAACGCUUUGUGUGCCGCAGGAGCUGACAUUAAUUACGUAAUAAACGGUGAAAGUGUAAUAACAAAUGCGAUACGACACUACAGAUCAGGCGUCAUCGAUCAAUUAAUUAACGAAGGUUGUAACAUUAAUUCGGCUGUUCCCGAUCCACCAUUAAUUUCUGCUAUCUCCAUGAACAAAAAAAGAAUAAUGAACCUUCUUCUGAUGCGAGGUGCUGACGUCAAUAUUAUGUCUUCCACAGGAAUAGCACCUUUAAUGGUUGCCUCAAGGCUCAACUCAUUAGGAAUAAUUAGCGACUUAUUAGAAAAUGGAGCUGAUAUUAAUAAAGCUAAUGAAGAAGGCCUGACACCACUUAUAUGUUGUUUACAGAACUUACAAAAUAAAAAUUAUUACUCAGGUCCGAAAAAAGAUGAAAUUCUGAAAUCCUUACCAGAAAAUUUUAAGAACGGCUUUAAAGUUGGGCCUACAACAGCUUUUUUGGAAGUUGAAGAAUGGUCAAGUAUCCAACUCUCUACCGAAACAGCUUUACAAAUUUCUCCGAUGCAAAUAGAUGAUUUGUUAUAUGAGCGUAUCAAGCUCAGGCUAGAAAGAUUGAUACAAUAUGAAGUAGAAAGACGUGAAAGUUAUUCAGAAAAUUUCUAUCGAGAAUUACCUGAAGAUGUAUUAAAAGCAGCUUUUGAUUUUAGAAAUAAGAAAGAAAAUCUAAACGACUUGAAACUGCAGAAAAUGGGUCCAUUAUUUAAAGCUUGCAUUGGUUUUAUAAAUGAUUGCAUUCUAUUUAAUGCUAACAAUUUUGAUGUUAAGCAUGGCCCAAGGUACUUGAUUUUACGAUCUGGAAUUCAGUUUAUGGUAGAAGACUUUAAAUUUCUGCAAUCUGGAAACUCUAAUCAGACUUCAGCUUUUAAGAUGUCUGUUGAGCAAUUUGAUGGACGCUUAAAUAGCUGGAAACGUGAUUUUAGUGACACUGGAGAUUUUGAAUUUUUCACCUACACAGCUGAGGAACUAAGACGGCCAAAAGGAAUACCUACUCAUCAUACGUGGUGGUUUGAGAAGGACUUGUAA